AUGGCCGGGGCGCCGCUGGAUCCCAGCCUGCGCCUGUCGCUGAUGCAGGGCGAGGGGUCGCUGGGCGGCGAUCGCGGCGGGCCCGCCUCGGCGCCCCUGUCGCGCACCACCUCGGCGGGUGGGGCGGAGGCGUCGCGCACCUUCAGCACGAUGCUGGCGCCAGACGACGGCAGCGCGGAGGCCGCGGCGCUGCAGCACCCGGACGCCGGCGGCGCGCUGCGCCGCUUCGCGGUGGUGGGCAACUUCCGCGCCGAGCGCGACGAGUUCGGCCUGCGCCUGCGCAUCGCGGAGCCCGGCGGCGGCGCGCGCACCGUGGAGUUUGCGUUCGACCUGUCGCGGGACACCGCGGCCUCCGUGGCCAGCGAGAUGGUGGACGACCUGGCGCUGUCGCCCGCCGACGCGGCCGACAUCGCGGCCGCCAUCCGCGACGAGAUCGCCGCGCUGUCCUCCGACCUGGAGGCGGCGGUGAGCAUGAACCUGGAGGCCGCGGGCGAGGCGCUGCAGGCAGGCAUCCUGCACUCCGCCGCCUCGGCCGCCGGGAACGAGGCCUUUGGCGGCAGGGACCCCGCCCCCGGCGGGAUCCUGCGCGCCUCGCCCAGCCUGGCGCGCGCCUCGCCGCCGCCACUGGUGGUCAGGCGCUCCACCUCCUACGACGUCGGCGCGGGGCUGGCCGCCGCGCAGUCCGACGGCAGCGAGUCCGGCGCCAGCACGCCACACCUCGGCGCGCCCGCCCCGGGGCCGGCCUCCCGGGCCAGGUCCGAGCUGGCCGCCGCGGCACGCGCCGCCGUGCUGUCCUCCUCCGCCUCGGCAGAGGGCCUGGCCCUGAACGCCGCCGGCGUGGCGCCGGAGAGCAGCCUGAGCCCCCGGCGCUCGGCGCCCUCCCUGGGCUUCCCCCCGCGCCCGCCGCCCCUGCACGCCCUCUUUGAGGCGCUCAGGGAGGGCGGCGUGGAGCUGGGGCCCGGGAGCAGCAGCCAGGAGCACAGCCUGGGCUCCAGCGUGACCAGCCCACCGGCUUUUCCUGCGGGCGACGCCGUCGCCGCCGCGCCCCUGGCCAGCGUCGUGCUGGGUUCGCCACCGGCCACCGCGCGCCUGCCGCCCUCCCCGCACCAGGGUGGAGCACCGCAGGCGGGUGCCUCCAUCUCGCCGAGCGCGGGCGAGGCGGGCCUGGGCGCGCCGCUGGUGGCCUCCGCGCUGGUGACGGCCUCUGCGCCCGUCAGCGGCGUGGUCAGCCGCGAGGCCUCGCCGCAGCGCGCCGACGCGUCUGCGUCGCCCACCAAGUCCGUCGCCGGCUGCCUGCUGGAGGGCACGCGCAAGCUGUCCAGCCUUGUGCCGCGGGACAAGGAGACGCUGCGCCGCGCGGCCGCCGACGCCAUGAAGGCCGUGGAGUUGCGCUCGCUCAACCUGCUGGAGGGCGGCGUGCUGGGCGGCGGCGCGCGCCUGGUCCGCGGCACGCCCAUGGCCGCCUGCCGGCCCGUCCCUGCCGGCGCGGGCGGCGCCAUGAACCUGGUGGCCGCCGCGAGCAGGCCGGGGUCGGCGCCGGGGUCAGAGGUCCUGGGCCGCGACCUCUGA